UGCCUGUUUUUCUUCCAGACUCAACGGUGGUCUCUAGUUAACAGCGUUUGCUGUCAGUAUCAGAGCCUAAAACUGACCAAGCGCAGAACUAAAGCCGUGAUCUCUUAUCUGUUUGACAGCUCAUCUAUAAAAGUCUUUAGACCUUCCUGAGUGUCACCACUUACAUGCUUUCAGGAAGACUUGCCAGAUUUUGCAAACCUGGAAGGGUUUUUGUUGUUCGUCUCGUGUUGUCCUCCCAGUUUUAACAUUUGAUUUAAUAUCUCGUUUAAUAUGAACAAGACUAGUUAAUUUAGUUGUUUUUGGCAGCUGAGGGACGUUUUUAUUCAGUUUUUAUCAUCCAGCUAUUUGGAAACCAGCGUGUUUAUUUGUUAGAUUUUUUAUUCACCAUUUUUGAGAGCCCCCACUACCAUUUUUUUGUACACGUUUCUGAUUUUCUGAAAUAGCAACAAACCCCUACUAAACAUUUCCUUCGCUGUCUUAUACAAAAUAUAUAUAUAUAUAUAUAAAUAUAUAUUGUAAAUUCGCCUGACUGGAUUUUUCUUAGUCGAAACGCUGGAGGAGAAAGAAGCGUGAUUAAACGAAAGGCUGCUAGGUGUUUUUUUCCUCGUUUAUUUCUGACCCGGAUUGUCCUUUUUUUUUUAUCGGUGUUUAAUGCCUAAAAUGACGGCUGUUGAGAAACUGCAGAUGUUGAUCGAAGCAGCUGAAUAUCUUGAUCGAAGAGAAAGAGAAGCGGAGCACGGCUAUGCCUCCAUGUUACCCUUCACCAGCAAUAAAGAGAGGGAUGGCUUGAAACGAAAAAUCAAAAACAAGAAAAACUGCAGCAGCAGGUCUACACACAACGAGAUGGAGAAGAACAGGAGGGCACAUUUACGACUGUGUUUGGAACGCUUGAAAUCCCUCGUGCCCUUAGGACCAGACUCCAACAGGCACACAACCCUCAGCCUACUUAUGAGGGCUAAGGAACACAUCAAGAGGUUGGAGGAUAAUAAACCUUUGGGCUCUUCAGACAGAUCUGACUCCGACCAAGAGGUGGAUGUUGACGUGGAAGGAACAGACUAUCUUCUGGCAGACCUGGAGUGGAGCAUGAGCAGCGUGAGCGACUCGGACGAGCGAGGAAGUUUGCGCAGCAGCUGCAGUGAUGAAGGCUAUUCCAGUGCCAGUCUCCGUCGACUCGCUGACCCUCAGGACAAGAGCCCUGCGCUGGCCCUGGUGUUCUGGAAGAGCACAAAGUCUCCUAGAUCUACCCCUACCAUCACUCCACGGAGACCAGCUCCCUCUAAUACUCUUACCUGGAGCGUUGCUCGUAGGAAAGUGUUGGAUGUGCCAGUGUCCCUGACCAGACCUCACCGACCUCACCGCCUUCGUCCAAUCAGAUCGUCCCCGGCCAUGUUGCCUUUGCUCGCUCCCAUCACGCCGUCCUGGAAGAAAAAACCCUUAAAGACCUCACAGAGGCCAUGA